AUGACUUAUGUGAGAUGGCUGAAUGGAGAAGAGGAAUGGCUUAUAAGAAGAUCCCGCAAAAGAUCUUCAUCGAGAGGCUCACAAAGAACAAUGAAGGCAAAGAGCUUGAUAACAGUUGCAAACAAUUUGUAUGUCCGAAACGAGCUUGGAAAGUGUGUGGAAGUCCUCAAGGAAACAAUAUGUCUUGUGCCAAGAAAUCCGCAUCCAUACUUCACUCUUGGGCUCAUUUUUGAGGAGAGAGGAGAGAUACCAAAGGCAUAUUACUGCUUUUUUGUUGCUGCACACCUUCAAAGAAACAACUACGGACUUUGGAGGAAGCUCUACGAUUACUCACGGCAACUUGGUUACAACCGAGAAAGGAUAUACUUCAUCGAGGUUCUGCAGAGGAAGGGGAACAAGAGAGAGAUGGUUGUGGAGAAGAUGGGCCUGUAUUCUGGAGACAAGGUCAAGGAGCUGAGCUGCAAGAUAGAGCUGUUUGAGUUUGAUGGGGUGGAUGAUGGGAUCUUUGAUGCUAUUCGUGGGGCGAUAACACACAAGGCUCGGCUUGCACGGCUGGCAAAGAGGCUUCUAAAUCAUCUUACAAAGGACGAAAGCUCGUGCUCGGACUAUUAUGUUAAGCAGCUUGUCAUUCUGAAGUACGAAGCUUCCGACUUCAUUGGGAUGAAGACAAUGUUCGACAAGUAUCUCUUUAAGAGACGUGUUGAACUCUGCACAAAGCUCAGAGUGAUAUACAUAAUGGCAUGUCUCCAAGAUGGAGGAGGAAGCGGCACCGAGGAAUGUAUUGGCCUCUUCCUGGAAGAUGAUAGGCUGUGGUCAGAGAUUGGAGAGAUAGAUCUUUUGAAGCAUCUUGCCGAUAUACUCAUAGAGCAUGGAAAGACUGACGAAGUGAUAAAGUUACUUGGGAGGAUAAGAAACAAAUUCAACGACCAGAAGGAAUUUGUAUAUUGGAAGCUGGGAAGGAUGCUCCAUGACAAAGAGAAUUAUGACGAAGCUCUGCUGUACUACAGGCUGGUGCUUGAAAUUAAUCCUAUCAACGACGAUGUUAAGUCACGGAUGCAUUCUAUCUACACAAAGCAAGGAAACCACGAAAUGGCCAAGAAAUAUGAAACGAUUGCCCAGCUGAUUGGGAUUGUUGAUGAAAGAAAUAAGAAAGGAUGUGCAUAUUCACCUGAAAUGUGCAUGAGCAUAAGGGCUCUCUACGAGGAAGCCAGGACUAUUGGGGAUGACUGCAGGAAAUUUAUUGAAUCGAAUGGGGUUCUGGUGGAUGACUUUCUGAAAAACAGAUUUAUCUUUGAGAAGAGAAAGAAAAGACCCUCUGGAUCCAUAAAGUUAUAUAGACAAAGAUAUAUUGGGAAUGGCAUCUCUUCCGAGGGGAGAGGGGAGGACAGGAUCAUGAAGGAAGGAUGCAGAGAGGGAUUCCGAUUUGGGGAUCUUCAUGGGCUGAGUGUUGAUGAAUGGUUCAAUGUUGUUUUGAGCCAGAUUGUUGGCCUACUUUCUGUCUCCCGCAAUGAGGAGGCUAUGUCUCUAGUGUUUCGAUCCCUGGAGGCAUAUAUCUUCCGUCACCGGAGUGACAUCAUAUGUAAGCUUGUGUUUGUUGGGCUGAAGGCAUCACUGAUGUUUGGAGAUUUUGGAGACUUUGUCACCUUGGUGAGAAGUGUGAUCUGCCAUACAGGAAAUUAUUCCUAUGCUUAUCUACUGUUUUACUUCAGCAACUUCUUUAUGUGCUUCCAAAGGAACAACGACUUUUCCUACUUCCAGAAGUACCUUCAGAGAGUGUGCAGAAGGAGGCUUAGAAUCCUUCCAAAUCUCGGAGAAGACCUGUCUUCGGAAUCUUGUGGAGACUCUUCCGAAUCCAGAAGCAUAAACGACGAAGGCCAUAAGGAGGAGACUUGCGAAAAUGCUCAUAAGGAAGACGCUACAAGAAGAAGAGCCAUAGGGGUGUCCCACUUCCUGUUCUUGAACUCGCACAUUCCAAAUCUCCUGCAGUCGAAAACUGUGGAGAUGAUGUCGUCUCUCCAAAUGGAACGGAACACAUCUGAAAGUAUAAUUCUUGCGUCGAUGUUCCUCAUCCACUCGAAGUCGAGAAGAGUGAGCGAUAGGAAUAUGUUUAUAAGAAAGGGAAUAUCCAUCCUCAAGAGUCUAAAAGAGAAGACUCAAGGAGAAGAUGGAUGUGUAGUUUCCUACAACAUUGGAAAAGCCUAUCAGUUCUUUGGGUUUCCGGGGCUUGCAGAAAGCUUCUACAUGGAAGCGUUGGGCACAUCGGAUGUUGAACUUCGAAGGCUUGUACAAUUCAACUUGUAUCUUAUAUACAAAAAGAAUAACACAAUGGAGCUAUUUAAAGACAUUCUCAAAAGCAAAGAGCCCUCAUUCGCGGAGUAA